CUGCCACUGAAGCUGCUGCCAUUCCAUAUUAUAAGUACCCAAUUGGCAAUCAAUACCACCCACAUAGAAUGAUGGAGUUGGAAGGUCAUGGAGUCGGAAUCUAGCCACAGGUUAGCCCCAUAUGGAGUGCAUUGAUUGGAGUAAUCCAGACAAGACAUGACUGAGAUGUAGGCAACUGUGGUGGUGUCUGUGAGUUGGCUCUUUCACAGAAAGGAACUCAGUGUAAACAGAAGCCAGAACUUAGCUUUGGAAGCUGAAACACAGAUCAAGACAUCAGAUUCAAAAUGAAGAGUCUCUACGUCCUGGUGUUGUGUGCAGCAGUAUCCUAUGCUUUGCCAAUAGGAUCAGGAAGCAGGGAAGAAGAAAAGCUGGAGCUUGUUCAGAAAUACUUGGAAAAAUAUUACAACUUUACUUCAGAUGGGAAACCAGUUUUAAGGUGGAGAGGCAACAGCCCUAUAGUUAAAAAAAUCAAGGAAAUGCAGAAAUUUAUUGGACUACGGGUGACAGGCAAUUUGGAUUCUAACACAUUGGAAGUAAUUCAGAAACCAAGGUGUGGAAACCCUGAUGUCGGGGAUUAUAGCUUCUUUGGAGGACAACCCAAGUGGGGAAAGACAACUCUGACCUACAGGCUAUUAAACUAUACACCAGAUAUGAACUCUGCUGAUGUGGACAAAGAAAUUGAGAAAGCCUUCAAAGUUUGGAGCCGAGUUACGCCAUUGACAUUCACAAAGGUUUCUCAAGGCGAUGCAGAUAUACUGAUCUCUUUUGCUGCCCAAGAGCAUGGAGAUUUCAAUUCCUUUGAUGGGCCUGGUGGUACACUUGCCCAUGCCUAUGCUCCUAGCCCUCAUAUUGGAGGAGAUGCCCAUUUCGAUGAAGAUGAAAACUGGACGACUGGCCUAGAAGGUUCCAACCUGUUUGUUGUUGCUGCUCAUGAGUUUGGCCACUCCCUUGGACUCUACCAUUCCCAAGAUCCUAAAGCUCUGAUGUACCCAGUGUAUAGGUAUCCCCAGCACAGUAAAAAUGUCCUCUCUCAGGAUGAUAUCACGGGCAUUCAGCAACUCUAUGGAGCAUCACCUAACCCAUCUCAAGAUCCAGAGGAAGAUGAUGAAGUGCUAAUCAAACCAACUGCAUUGCCAACAGCUUGCAGCCCUAAAUUGACAUUUGAUGCUGUCACCACUUUCCGGGGAGAAAUCCUGUUCUUUAAAGACAAGCAUUUCUGGAGAAAGCACCCUCGGCUCACAGAGAUUGAAUUUAAUAUGAUUUCUUCAUUCUGGUCAUUUUUACCAUCUGGUAUUGAAGCUGUUACUGAAAAUGAAGAUAAAGAUGAGACCUUCAUUUUUAAAGGCAACCAGUUCUGGGGAGUGAGAGGUGAUCACGGACUUUCUGGCUACCCCAGAUACAUCAGCAGAUUGGGCUUCCCAGCAGAUGUCAAGAAAAUUGAUGCUGCGCUUUUUGAUGCAAAUAAAAAAAGAACAUACUACUUUGAGUCAGACAGAUACUGGAGUUAUGAUGAAACCAGACAAACCAUGGACAACGGGUACCCCAAAAGGAUAAGUGAUGGUUUCCCAGGCAUUGAGGGCAAGAUUGAUGCUGCCUUUCAGCAUAAUGGGCUGUUCUACUUCUUCAGGGGAACAAAUCAAUAUGAAUUUGACCCUACUACCAAGAGGAUUACUCGGGUCUUAAAGACCAACAGCUGGUUUUCAUGCUAAGGAAGUCAAACUACUGAAGAUACGAGAAACACUAUUGAAAAAUAACCAGGAUAUAUGUUGAAUUUCUAAUGCUAACACUGGUCCUCUAUCACUGACCUCAUAUCGACACUGAUGUCUAAUAUUUAUAUUUUUAAUAUUAUGUAUGUGUGUGGCAAUUAUUAUUCAAGACUAAGGCUCUUAUCCUGUGCACACUUACCUGGGAAUAAUUCCCAUUGCAUACAGUGGGGCUUAAUUUAUGAGUAAACAUGCACAGAAUUGUGCUGUGUUGUUAUUGUCAUACAAAGCCAAACAUACAAGGAGGAGGGCUGGAAAUUUCUGUUGUAAUUGCUUGUAAUGCUGAAAAGGCAAGCCAAAUUGUCUCUUCAGGCUUGGAACUUUGUGAGCCCAUGAGAAAGAACAUACUCCGCUAAAGGUGCUUCGGAGUUUCUACCCCAGUCCUUCAUGACUGAAUAGGUAAACCCAUGUCCAAUGUGAAAUUGGCUUUUCUGCUCAGCCAUAUGAGCAGCUGUGGUAGAAAACUUCAGUUUCAAUUUUUAAUCAUAUUUAGGCCUCCACCAUGCACACAGCAGCAUAGGACUGCAGCUUGAUUCAGUAAUUCUAAGUGAAUGAUUGUCUUAUAGACUGUAAAGAUAAUCAGAAGAAUCCAAAGUGGUCCAUUUAAAGCCUUCUGUUAUUGGACAAAAUAAACAGGACCUUUUUAAAAAAUUGUACCAACCACAGCUAGCUAGUUUCCAAUUGAAUGGAAGAGUUCUUCAGACUGUUAUAAAAUUCAGCUCUGUGCAUCUCAAAAGACUACAGGCAUACCUCACUAUCCGCAGACUCACCAUCCAUGGCUUUGCAUAUCCAUGGUCGGGUAAUGAAAACACCUGACCUUGGCAUAUGGGGAAAAACAAGGGAGUAUCCGUGGGUCUGGGGUGGCCGGAAAUGACCUUGGAGGUCAUUUCUGGCUGCCAUUUCAUGGAGAAGAGCCAUUUUGUUGCUCAUUUGUUUUUGUUUUUUUAAAAAACUUCUGUGAUUUUUCAUGGAAUUUCAGGGACUUUGGGGCUUGGCGGGGAGGCAUCACUUGAUUCAGGAGGGCCCAUGGAGCAUGGCAUAGCACAUUAUUUGGCCCACUUUUGCUGUUUUUGCCACUUUUUAGUCAUGUUUUUUGAAGUCUGGGAACCUAGCCCCUGUGAUCCCAUAGACUUCAAUGCUUCACUAUCUGUGGUUUCGUUACCCGCGGUAAUCUGUGGGAAUGGAACCCCUGUGGAUAAUGAGGUCCUCCUGUACUAUCUUCCCAAAAGAUAACAUGAACAGUUCUGAGUCUAAGUGUUUGCCCACUCAUACAUUAUUUCACCUUAGCAGUAAAACAAUUGCAGGGCUUGACUUAGCACAAAUGUUUUAUUAUGCUUUCUACAUGUUUCACAUGUUGUGUUUGAUAAUUUAUGAAUAAAAUAUUUUCUUGUGCCAUA